CUGUCCCUCCUGGAGGUGUCCCUGAGCUGGGGGAGCAGAGCCCAGCCUGGGGGGCACCCCGAGGUGCUCACCCCAGCCGGGGAGGGGCUGCUCCUCUCCCCCAGGACCUCCCUCAGCCCCCCGGGACCCCCGUGGCAUCGUCCCCAGCAGGAGCUCCUCAUCCUCAUCCUCAUCCUCAUCUUCAUCCUCACCCAGCCUCAGUCCCACAGCAGCUGGGCCCUUUCCUGGGCUCCCCAGAAGGUUCCCCCCCCGGCAGCCCCUCAAGCUCAGCACACACAGGGCUGAGCUUGAACUGGGUUUUAAGGAGAAGCAGGGAAAAAAAGGGAAAAAAGCUUUGUUUGGGAUCAAACCUGGGCUUUGGGGCAGAACUCCCUUCUCUAAGCUCCGCUCAUCCUGCCAGUGGGGUGCACGCAGCCCCCUCCUUGAAUUUUGGGGUUCCUGUUCCCUGUGGGGUGCCGUGCCUCACAGGGAGCCCCCCAUUAUUGGGGACACCCCCUGGGGACACCCCAUAGAGGCCCCAAACCCCCUCUGUGCCCUUCCUAACAAAUUGGGCAUCUUAUCAGGUGCUCCUUUAUCUCCUCCGCCCCCAUCAGGGACCCUUCCUCACCUGUGCGGGGGGCACCACCCGGCUCCUCCCCCCCCCUCAGCCUUUGUCAACAUCCCCCUUUUUUCUGUCAAAGCUCCGUUCUUGCAAUUAGUGCCGUUAUUGUUAAUCACCUAGCGGGGUGUUUGGGGUCCCCACUGUACAGGGCUGGCUGGGCACCCCAAAUACCCGUGACCCCCUAUCCCCGCUCCCCCUCUUCCCACUUCCAGCAUCAUCCAGCGGGGACCCUUUAGGGGCUGUGGGGGUCUCGUAGGGGCUGUGGGGGCACCCCCUGCGCCCCCCCACCCCUUUGGUGUGGCGAUGCCCGCGGUACUGGGCUCAUACUGGGCUCAUACUGGGCUCGGGGCUGGGAGAACUGGGUCAGCUGGGUAACCAUGGAGAUGCUGAAGCAGCGCGGGCACAGCCCCGCCGCCACAAACCUUGCAGGAUUUCACCGGGCUGGCACCCUCCGUCCGCAGCGGAGCCGGGGAGGGGGGCACACAUACACAGCGGGGUGCCCCCACCUGCACCGGGCGCUGAUCCCAGCCGGCGGUGCCGGCGAGGCAGCGUCCGACCAUGUUCAACGGGGACGCCGGCUCCUCCGCCGCCAGGAAUGUCGUCCGCAGCUCCAGCAUCAGCGGCGAGAUGUACAGCCUGGAGAAGAGCGCGCGGGGCAGCGCCGACUCCGUCAGCAUCAUGGCCAGCAAGAAACGGCGCUCCAGCCUGGGUGCUAAGAUGGUGGCGAUCGUGGGGCUGGCGCAGUGGAGCAAGAGCACGCUGCAGCUCAACCAGAGCGAGGGAGGCCCCAAAAAGCUGCGCAGCAACAUCCGGCGGAGCACCGAGACCGGCAUCGCGGUGGAGAUGAGGACCAGGGUCACCCGGCAAGGCAGCCGCGAGUCCACUGACGGCAGCACCAACAGCAACAGCUCCGACGGCACGUUCAUCUUCCCCACCACGCGGCUGGGCGCCGAGAGCCAGUUCAGUGACUUCCUCGACGGGCUGGGGCCGGGGCAGCUGGUGGGGCGGCAGACGCUGGCCACCCCCCCGAUGGGCGACGUCCACGUGGGCAUGGCCGACCGCAGCGGGCAGCUGGAGGUGGAGGUGAUCCAGGCCAGGGGCCUCAUCCCGAAGCUGGGCUCCAAAUCCAUCCCUGCCACCUACGUGAAGGUUUACCUGCUGGAGAACGGCGUCUGCCUGGCCAAGAAGAAGACCAAGGCGGUGAAGAAGACCUGCGACCCGUCCUUCCAGCAGGCCCUGCUCUUCGAGGAGAGCCCCCAGGGCAAAGUCCUGCAGGUGAUCGUGUGGGGUGACUACGGGCGCAUGGACCACAAGUGCUUCAUGGGGAUGGCGCAGAUCGUCUUGGAGGAGCUCGACCUCUCCAGCGUGGUGACGGGCUGGUACAAACUCUUCCCCACCUCCUCGCUGGCCGACUCCAGCAUCGGGCCCCUGGCGCGCCGCCUCUCCCAGUCGUCCCUGGAGAGCUCCACCAGCCCCUCCUGCCCGUAGCGGCAGCUCGGAGCCAGAGGCCAGGCGGGGAAGGAGACGUCCUGACCUACCAAAACUGUCAGUGGAUGGCUGUAAAUAUCCCAUCCUCUUUUUUUUUGUUGUUUUUUUUUUCCUUUUUUUUUGGUUUCUUUAAUCUCCUUCCCGAAGCAAACCUGCUCUCGGCACACUCCUCCCCGAGUGAGCGCCCCAGCGCGCAGGGAGCAGGGGCCGUGGGCAUUGAGGUUGGGGGCAGCAAAGGCCCUCAGGGAGGGGAGCCGCAGCCCCCCAUAGCCCCCCGGGGAGGACGGGCACAACACCGUGUUCCUCUCGGCCACAGCAGCCCGGUCCCGCUCAUCCGGCACCACUGCAAGAAGUAGCAUGACGCCUCGACUUCUUCUCCUCCGAUUUCGUUUUCCUUGCCUCCGAGGAAAAGGGAGCUUUUCAAGGAAAGAAACUCAGAAAAAAAAAAAUCCAACUCAGCACUACUGUUUUUUUUUUUUCUUCAAGGAAUGUAGCAUCUUCGAUUAUGUAGCUUGCCACGUGCUAACAACACACUCACUGCAAUAUCUGAGACUCGGCGCUGACGGAUACAUCUGCCAGACACUGCCCGUUUGUUCGUUUUCUGACACAAACCCUGCGACGCUGAGCAAGCCGUUCUGGUGACCAUUUUUAUUUUUAUUUUAUUUUUUAAAUUUUGGUAGCGUUCAGCCUGUGACAGUGACAUUGCCAAAGGGACAGAGCACGGACAAGGGCGCGCGCCACCCCACCAAGCACGGGCUGGGCUUGUCCUCGUGUUUCACCGCUCGCCGCCAUCCCGCGUGGCCACGGCGAGCCCCAAAACAUCGACUCUGCGCUGCCCGAGGUGGGUGCGGGAGCCCCGAGGGAGCAGGGACAGGGUGAUGCUGGCUGAGCCGCUGCCUUCCAGCCCCUGCCUUCCUCCUCCGCCGCCCUCCUCCUCCUCCUCACACCUCCAGGGGGGUGCCGGGGGGUCCCGGCUCCCGGGCACGCUACAGGGGAACAUCUCAACGGCGUCUUCUGCUGAUCUGGAAUUAGGGGGACUGAGAGGUUACGAACAAAAGGACUCGAUGCUUUGAGUUCAUUUUCAGGAUGAGUGUUUUUUUUUUUUUUCUCUUUUUCUUUGUAUGUUUUGUUUGUUUGUUUUUAAAGCAGCAUUUUGGUUCCCCCGAGGGACCAGUUCUUGUAGCAAAACCGAGAAUUACGGAAGCUUUUUUUGAAGGUGCCUAAUGAAAUUUGCUGAAACUACUCAGGGGAGACACCACUAGAAACUCUGGUUUCUUCGUAAGAUACACUUCACACAAUGACUGUCCUGAAGGGUCAGGUUCCAAAAGAGAGGGAAAAGAGCAGCAAACCACAACACACCAAAACACGAGCAGUCUUGAGACUGGAAGAGGACAAAAGGUUAAUGGGGAAUUUCUACUGCCCAGAUGGCUCUGGCCUUCAGUCUUUAACACAAACCAACCCACAGCACAGUUGGGAUUUUUUUUUUUAAACGAUGAUUUGUUGGCAAAGCAGAGGAUUUCACAAUGCACAGAGCACAACAAGAACAACCUGCAGUUCUCCCGGCGAUGCUGGGAAGGACGAACCAGCUCGAACCCGUUGCCACGAAGGAACAAAACCAAACCCGAAGGAAAAGACUGUUGCAACGAAGCUGUCCCCUCACAAAACAGACCCGGGGGGGGCAGUGAAACCCCACUGCCCAGCAGCUGCUUCACCCCACACCCCGCUUCCAGCAUCGCUGUGUCAAGGAACUCCAGCUGCUGUUGUGUAUGUCAGAUCUUUUACCAAACCACAACUGCUGCACACCCCCGAGGGCAGGCUGGGGGUGGCAAAGGGAUGCCUCGAGACCCCAGGGCCCCCCCAGUCAAGCACUGAGCCCUCGCCUGGCACGGGGACGUGGCACAAGCUCGGUGCCCUGCUCGCUGGAGCAGGCAUAAACAAGGGGUUUAAAGGAGGCCUUCCUCCUUGGAAUUAACUUUUUGCUUUACCAGCUCGAUUUUAGCAGAAAAAAAGAAGGAGGAGCCUGCCUCUCAGCACUGGGACACUAACCACGAGCACAGGGAAUGGGGACAGCAGCACGGGCAAAGCUCUGCGGGGAUUUUCUGCUCGCUGGUUUGGAUACAUCCCUGGAUCUGUGGUUCUGCAGCGAGUUUUGGAGCCCUAUUUCUCCCCUCCAGGCAGCACAGUGCUGCUGUUGAGAUCCAGAAAAGCAGCUGAGGGAGCACAGAGCCAGCGGGUGCUGAGGUCCAGCAAAGGCUCCCCUGGUUCUGCGCCAGCCCCAAAAACCAAGCACGGCCGGCACUCGGAGAACCCAGCACCCAGACACAGCGCCUGAAAGGCACGGCCGGGUGCUCCAGGGAGCAUGGAAAACCCAAAUAUUUUGGCUUCCUUUUUAUCACUAAGGAAUUGAUAACGCCUUGGAGGAUAACGGCACAGCCAGGAUCAGAACAAACCGCUCCCCAAUUCUCCCUCGGGGGUGGAUUCCUGUCUGCUGCAAGGCGAGGGGCUCGUGGGGGCGAUUCCUCGAGGUGCAGCCACCGUGCCAGCCACUUCAAGCACUUGCCAUUAUCACCAGACACCGAAACCCAUCGAAACCUUAACUUCGCUCUCAGCACCGCGUGCCCGGUCCCCGCAGGGAGCUGGUGCUCACUUUUUGGGGAAGCCUCUGGGUCACGACCACCUCACGCUGGCACGGAGAAACGACAGAGGGGGAAGCAACCCAAGUGUUUACCCACGUUUACAUUGCAGCGUCAGCUCCUUCUCAUUUCUGACUGCAUGAGCCGUGCAUCUCCCCCUCAAACGAGAGCAGAACAGCCAAGUUACCCCACUGCUUUCUACACGAGGCACCAGGAAAACCACGAGGACUCAGGUUUUUUCUGGGGGAACGUUUCCUUGCAGAGGGCAUUUUUGGUGUGCUAUCCGAUUGGCAAGAGGUGGCUGCACUAACCGGGCAUCAUGCAUUAGAUUGUUCCAUCUCCUUCCUCCACCCAGAAAGGAAAUUCAGGCCGUUCUACUUUGCAGAUAUUUUCCCCUAGAAAAAAAAAAAAGUGAUUAAUGUCAAACCAAGCGAGCUUUGCAGGCUGUUUUACACCCAGCACUCGCAGCAGCACCCACCUGAGACACAGAUGAUCUUUCUAUAGCACAGCUGACGGGGCAGCUUACCCUGGUGUCGGAAUCAAGGCGCCCUAGUUCAGUAACAAGGGUGGAUUUUGCCAAAAUAGCCUUGAACCGAUGCUUAAACAACCCCUAAACUCCCAUCAAGUCAGUCGCAGCCACGCAGCAAAGCACAGAAAACACCACAGGAUUUCAUGCCUAAGCUGUCCCUGGAUUUUCUACCAGCCAGGGAUGGGCUUCAUUUGCCAAAAUUGAGCGACUGAACAUUUCCUAGGGCACCGGGCCAGGCUUUUGGGCACAGUCAGAAAUUAGCUCCUGUUUCAUCAGCUCCACAGCACGUUGAAAGGAUGCUUGGGCACGGAGCUGUCCCGAAACCCAGUGAGAUACAGAACCAGUGAGCUUACCCGCAGUAACCAACCCCAUCAGGUGGCUUCGGAAAAUGCCACAAAGCAACAGAGGUGGUGGGAAGCGUUCCCUCCACAGCCACCUUUCCCACCCCUUAAAACCUUUCCUGCAGAAGCAGUUGAAGCAUAGCACCGGGCUGCAAGCAGGAGGCCAGAAACUCCUGCAGGAGCGGGGCCAGGACUGCCCCUGCUGAUAGGGAAUUAUUCCUGCUCAGCUCCUUACGAGACUGCCCUCGGCAGCACCACGCUUCACUCCGAGUCUCGUAUUUGUGUGCGUGAGGUUAACGUGCUUAAAAACCUGUGCUUGUUUCAGUUGGCUUGGAAAUCCCUAGCAGCAGCGUGCGAUGUAAGGGGCUUUACUGCUCCAAGGCCCUUUAUAAAACAGCCCUGGUGAUGAUUUAAGGGGAAAAGAGCCCACCUAUUUUCUUCCCGUUGACUCGGACACUCCUUCCCAGAUUGAUGUGAAACGCUUGGACGAUGCACAUCUGUAAACUUCCUUCAGGGUGUGCGUUUGGUUACUGAUUUGGAAAAUAACUGCACUUUAAAGGUCAAGGAACAGCGCUCGGGCACCGUGCUUCUCGGUGGCUGAGUCCGAAGCCUGAAAGUGUUUUGCAUCAGGGCUGGAAACAGAUAUUAAGAGCUCGCUCUGCUUUCCUUUAGGUUUUCAUGCCUCUAGACAGAUUUCUAAAAUUACCUUCUGCAAAAGCAAGGUUCGCAUCCCAUGACGUGCCAAAGGCAUGACGGCCCCUUCCACUGUUCCUUUAGCGGAGCUGUUUCAACUGGAAGUCUUCCUCCUACACCGUGUUCACGAGCAUGGGGAGCACCCCCACGGGCUGCUGGUGAGAGGUGCGAGAGGUGUUCAGGAGCUAAAAAGGCUGCAGAAACGGCUGCCUAGGGAAAACAAACCAUCUGCAAGGAGCACGUUCUGGAACCGAGGGGUUACGCAGAACAGACGGAGCGAGCGGCUGUGAUAACGCCCCGCCUAGGCGGUCACCUUAGCUGAGCUCGUCCGUAUUUCCUGAGGAUUUAGGUUUUUAAAAAGGCAGAAAAUGUACAGUAAAGGGCCUAAGUGUUUGUCUCGCUGUCUGAAUAACCGCCACACUGUUAAACCCCCGAUCGUCUGCCCCGGGCACAGCCUGGCUGGAGCGCUGAUUAUCGGUAUACCUCAUUUGGUUCUUUUUUCCUGUUUUUUUUUUUUUUUUCUCCUCCUUUUCCCUCUUUAAGAACCAGAGCUUAGUGCACUCUAUCACAUUCAGGUUAUUUUUUUUUGUUGUUGUAAUUGUGCAAUGAAGAGCAAUUGUUUUGGGUGUGCUUUUACCACCUGCUCCCAUGCUGGCUCCGGCCCCUGCUUCGUUGAGCACUUGCACUACUGACGGCUGAGCUGGAGGGCAGCGAGGCCAGGAGCCGGGGCGCUUCUCUGGAGGGAGGGAUGGUGUGGCAGGGCAGCAGGCACCUCGUGGUCUCUCCUGUUAAAAAGCAGGUGGAUAAACAGCGCCCAAAGGCUACCCCUUAGCCUGACACAAGGGCAUUCCAGUCCUGCACCUCCCAAAAAAAGGGUCAGCAACGAGGUGAGCAGCUCAGAUGCAAGGAGCUGAGGACAGCGCCCUCAACUCCCUCUGGAGGCUUUUUCCUGGAGAAGAAGCCUCAGGAGCACACAAAAAAAAGGGUGAAGAAAGGCAUUGCAUGGCAAUUGCCAUCUGUAGAGCUGCUGAAUCCUGGUGCUGGCCAAAAAAAGGGAUGUUUGCCCUGACACAUGCAGUGAGAGCCACGAAGCUGUGCCUGCUGUCGGGUCUGGGGGCAGCAGCGCUCCCCUCCUCGAAGCAAGUGGCCAGGGCUCCUGGCAGCGGAUGCCUGGUGAACGUUAGCACUUUGAAGUUGGUGGCCUUGUUUUCUUAAAGGGCUUGAUCUUUUCGUGCAGUUAGAACUAAAUCUUCCCCAUCAUGUUGUCCUAUUCCCCACCUCAAAAUUUAAAUGAGCAAGCACCUGGGCCGUUUAGAAGUUUGUCCAGGACUCAAGAAUCUGUCAUUGAUCUCAGAAGUUUAUACCUCAAAUAUAAAAACAAGCGUAUACAUCCAGCUUAAUAACAAAUUAAAGUAGCAGCUCCAAGGUUGAACUGCAGUUUAUCCUUGAAUCUGAUCACUAGCAGCAACAGGAAAAAAAAAAACACAGAAAACCAAACCCACUUAAGCACACAAAAAGCACCAAGUUUUUAGAAGCACCUGAACUGAAACGUUCAUUCUAUGAGAAAAACUCAAUUUCUAUUUCCAAACUACAAGACGUGAAGGAUUUUGCCUGUACCUUAAGCCUCUUACACACAGCCUAUGCCUUUCUAACUUUGUUGGCCCCAUACAAAGUAGGACAGCAGAGCAGUUAGCAAGGUGCACCAACAAAUAAUUCACGCAGAAGGGUCCAAGAUCGUUAAAGGUACGAGGCAAUGAGAUGCACCCGAGACUUCUCAGCCAGCCACUGCUAACCAGAGCCUUUUCUCUCCAGGUAGCUUGCUUCAAAAGGCUAAGAGGAGCAUCCUGACCAGGGUGCAUCCAACCAUACACGCACACAAACCUACGCUACUUCCCAUUUUUCACUCCUAAAGUACCCAACAAACUGCAUUGGGAAGAAUUACCCAAACCAAGAGAGAUGGAUCAGACUGGAGAGCUGUCAGAACACCAUUAGCCACGGGUUAAUUGCUACUACGAGCUUAGCUUCCAACCUCAGACAGAGCAGGUAGCAGACAUCUCCCCCUCUGCGCGGCAGCCGCGGGUCUCUACCAGGACCUAAGAGGCCAAGGAGAGGUAGGUGCAGAACUCACAGUACUCACCCUGGGUAGCUUUUCACUUUUGGAAGUCAGGAUGUAAUUGCAUUAGUGAACAGAUCUGGCUGCCUUCACUAAUCCACUCAUUUUGUAGUAAACUUUGCUUUGAUGACAGAUUCAUAAGUUUAACAACUCCACCUUGAAAUAAAUGCCACCGAGGGGUGAACCAGGGGCUUCUCUACGCCCCAGUUCCGUAUUCCAGACAAGGGGAUGGGCUUGUGAUGGAUACUUGAGAAUGGUUAUAGAUUUAAAAAAAAAAGCAAAUGGCAAUUUUAUACUUGUGUUAUGUAAUGUUUUAUAUGUGCGUGGUCUUUCUUAAUGUAAAACUCUUGUAUUUUUGUGGUUUAUAUGCAGCAGGACUGAUGGCUGUGAGGGUGCACGCUAUUUUGUAAAAUAUUCUUAGCCAGUUUUCCCAAGGAGGAACAAACUGAAGUAUUCACAUUUUCAUUGGCUUGUACCUGCAUGUACAGUACUGGGGCAGCAAGUGAAGAUGAUUAAAGCCAGCUUGAAAACAA